AUGCAAAGUGUAAACAAAUAAUUUGCAGUGAACAAAGCUUAAAAUUUUAUAUAAAAAAAAAACAAGAAUAUAAAAAUGGAUAGUAGCAAAUUAUUAAAGAACGUUUAUGGCAUCGAUAUACACUUUGAAGAUCUCGUCUAUCAGGUUAAUGUGGCCAAGCAAAAAGAAAAGAAGUCGGUGCUCAAGGGCAUUACGGGCACAUUCAAGUCGGGGGAACUGACGGCCAUUAUGGGCCCAUCGGGUGCCGGCAAAUCUAGUCUUAUGAACAUUCUAACCGGCCUUACCAAAACCGGCGUUACGGGUACCAUAGAAAUUGGCAAGGCACGCAAAUUGUGCGGUUAUAUCAUGCAGGAUGAUCAUUUCUAUCCAUUUUUUACCGUGGAGGAAACAAUGCUGCUGGCAGCGACCCUUAAAAUAUCCAACAAGUGUGUCAACAUGAAGGAAAAACGAAUUUUGAUUGAUCAUCUGUUAAGCACAUUGAGGCUAACCGCAGCAAAACAUACGAGAUGCUCCAAACUGAGUGGCGGUCAGAAGAAGCGUCUAUCCAUUGCCCUAGAGCUGAUAGACAAUCCAGCUGUGCUAUUUUUAGACGAGCCCACAACUGGUCUGGACAGUUCAUCCUCCUUUGAUACCAUACAACUGUUGCGUUCUCUGGCAAACGAGGGUCGAACCAUUGUGUGCACAAUCCAUCAGCCAUCAACAAAUAUAUACAAUCUGUUCAACCUGAUCUACGUGCUAAGUUCGGGUCAAUGCACCUAUCAGGGCACGCCCCAAAAUACAGUGAUGUUCCUGAAAACGAUCGGACUCGAGUGUCCCGCGUAUCACAAUCCAGCGGAUUUCUUGCUGGAAUGCGUGAACGGUGACUUUGAGGAUCAUACGGAGGCCUUAAUGGAGGGUGCCAAGGACGCACGCUGGAGAUACGAUCAGCAACUGAUGCAGGAUGAAACGGAACCACCAACUGAUGCCCAAGUGGCCAAGUUCAAUGAAUCCCAGACCCAAGGACAACCAACCACUGGCCAACCCAAAAUGCAACUGCAAAAGGUGGAAUCAGCAAAGGAGCUCAUUAAGCACACUUAUCCGCCGCCUGAAUGGAUGCGACUCUGGCUGCUAAUUGGACGUUGUCAUCUGCAGUUCUUCAGAGAUUGGACUUUAACCUAUUUGAAACUGGCCAUGCACAUUCUCAGCGCCAUUAUGAUCGGACUGUUCUUUGGUGAUUCGGGCAUCAAUGCAACCAAGCAAAUAUCCAAUGUGGGCAUGAUUAUGAUACACUGUGUUUAUCUCUGGUAUACGACCAUAAUGCCGGGAAUAUUACGCUAUCCAUUGGAAAUUGAGAUAAUCAAAAAGGAAACGUUUAACAAUUGGUACAAACUGAAAACCUACUAUGUGGCUACGAUGAUAACAUCUACACCAGUUCAUAUAAUUUUCUCAACGGUCUAUAUAACUAUUGGAUAUCUGAUGACAGAUCAGCCGGUGGAAAUGGAUCGUUUUGUAAAAUAUCUGCUGACUGCAGUUGUGGUAACAAUAUGUGCGGAUGGUUUGGGAGUUUUUUGGGAACUAUUCUGAACCCAGUUAAUGGAACCUUUGUUGGCGCCGUUUCUACGUGCUUUAUGCUAAUGUUUUCGGGUUUCCUCAUCCUAUUGACCCACAUACCAUCUGCCUUGCGAUUUGUUGCCGCCCUUUCUCCUUUAAGAUAUGCUCUGGAGAAUAUGGU